AUGGAUUUUGCUUUUGUUGUUAGAAUUUUUAUAUUGAAACUGCUACUAAUUGUUGGCUGUUAUGCUGCACUUACCAAAAGGUUUCAAGAUUUCUGGAAGAGAAACGGAAUUAUAGCGGAGACUAUUAAUCAUAUCUGGGAUGACCUAUCGUGGUUACAAACAACACUCUCCUAUAAUCCAGAAUGGUUUGAAGUAAAGCCCUGUGGUGAAUAUAUUGCUAUGAAUGAUGCAAUUUUUGGUACCGAGUCCGAUACGGAGUGGCCUGUAAAACCAACAUCACUAACAUUUUACGAAACGAUUACUCUACAAUUAGAGGAUAUUUGGAAAACAUCUGAAUUGUUAGAUUCCAUACCAUUAGAAUUUAAUGCGGUUAACAAAACGACAUGGUGUUUAUUUUUCACAAACUUCAUUUUAACAUUGGUUCUGUGUUUAAAUACAAUACUGUCUAAAGAUGAAGAACGUUUCUAUGUCACCAGUCACUGUAAACCAAGAAGAUCUUUGUACAGAAAAACCAAGAAUUCUUUUGAUAAAAGACACCAAUCCAUUAGUAUCAGAAGAUUACAAAAAUUGAAGAAAAGGAAAGCCAUUCCUUCGUAUUUGAUAAAAAAGCAAAUGAAAAAAUAUUUAUCUGAGCCAGACAAACAUCAAAAACAGAAUAUUCUCAAACUGAAGAAACUGUCCCCAAGACUUUUUAUCAAGAAACAAUCUAGAUCAGAUUUAGAAAUCAGAAAACGGUCUAAGGUGAAAACUCCUCUUUCUCUAGAAGGGAAGAUUUAUGAUCUAAAAUCACCAGAUGAUAUUCCUUGGGAAAUUUUAGACAUUUUAUUGUGUAUCAAAAGUCCUUGUAUGGAUCAUGAUCAUGAUCAUGUUUGUGUUGUAGGAAAUCAUGUCUAUACAAUUCCGAAGUGGUCCAUACCAAAUACAACACGAUUAUCGGAGAAAUCAAUUCCUGAUCAUUCAAUAAAUGACAAGGAAGCAGAACACUUUGCUGAUUCAGUAAAUAGCGAUGACGAGCUAGUCGUGAACAAAUUGCCUGUAAAACACACCAACACAUUCCAACCUAUUAAACCUGCUAAAAUUAUUGAUGUUGCUGAUACAGUCGAAAGACCACAAGCUGUUUAUAUGGAGGACACAAAAUCCCGAAAACAUCAAGAAACCUCUGAUAAUAUCCUGCAUGGAAAGUGUGACAGGAAAAUAAGCUUACCACAAUUAAUGUCGUCUAAACCACUGAUAGAUCCAAUAGGAUCGGAAUCAACAGAUUUAGAGGAAGAUUACUACGACGUUAAUCACACCACAUUUACAGACACUACUCCAAAUGCUCUGAAAUAUGUCAAAACGAUUGUUAAUGAUGCAUGCAACGAGUCGACUAACACUUUCAGUAAUUUACAAAAUAUAGAGCACAAUGCGUCUCCGUUAAAUCUACAGUCACCAAUCAUCAUCAGAACAUCGCCUGUCGAUGAAACGGUUACCAGUCUGGUGCUCAAUGAAGAUGAAAUUGGAUUACCAUGUGCAAACUCAAGCUUCAAAUCAGAAAGCCACGAGUUAAACAAUAAUGAUUCUAGAGUAUGUUUAGAGGACACCGAGCAUAGCUGGAUUGAGGAUGACAGUUUCUUUUCAUCUAAGGAUCAUUUCAUCGAUGACGACACAAAAAGUUUUCAUGAAGUUGAUUUGAACUUGUCGUCAUAUCUUCACAACGUUUCGUCUCGUUUACUGAAAGAUUCGCAAGAUAUACAUCACCUGAGAAAAACCCUCAGUUUCUAUGGUGACGUAUCAGUAUUGGAAUUGGGUGCUUCCUGGCUAGUUGGAGGACUACUGGGUCAAGUAAUAGACGAUCUAGAUAUAUCUUCUCGAGCGGAAUCAUUAGUUUUCAAUAUAUCAACUCGAGUUAAUUCAGUCUUCAAUACUACCAGAUAA